AUGGCAGCGGACAGCAGCGCGGCUCCCCAGCGAACGCCGAGCGCUGCCCCUCUCAAGAGGGCUGUCCACAAGAUACGCAUGGCCAGCCUGGUGGUCAGCGUGGCACAAGGCUGGCAACAGUGGGCCUCUGACCACCACGCAAAGCAAGCCCAGGAGCCCUCUGGAUGGGUGCCCAGUGCGGAAGGCUCAUCGGCUGAGCCCGCAGAGGAGAGAGCCGUCGAAAAGCAGCCGCUUCCACCUGCCACGAGGGGCCAGGGAAACGAAGGCGACAAACCGGAGGUGAUGAGAGAUGCAGAAAAGAAUGCAAGGGAGUCAGAUGAAGCCCUCAAGAAGUUCAGCAUCAAAAGCAAAGAGGUGACCAAAACUGUUGUAAGCAAAGCCUACGAACGAGGAGGUGAUGUCAGCCUCCUCAGUGAAAGGUACGAGAACAACAGCAGCAGCCCAGGGACAACCAAGCUCAACGAACCAAACGCCAUCGACAGGAUGCUCAGCAGCAGGCUGUCUCCCACCAUCAGGAGGAAAUGUUCUAACGUGGUGUCAGAGCUGACCAAGGGCUGGAAGCAGGUGGAACAAGAGGACAGAGAGGCGGCUAAGGGAGACCUGUUGCUCAAGUCUCAGGAGGACAGCCUGGACGCAGAGGACAGUGGCUAUGGGGAAGCGGAGGACAAGCUGGAGCAAGACGACAGCGACCGAGAGGUGCCAGCUGUGAGGAUUAAACGACCUGUGCCACCUCUCUCCAGCAGAGCAGGCCAGGAGGCAGGCAGCAAAGCCGCCAGGAGGUGCAGCGUGGUGAGGGGCCUGAAGGGCAGGUGGCAGGAGUGGGCCGAGCAGCACAUGGCCGCGCAGAGGCUGAACCCCUUCAGCGAGGACUUCGACCGGGAGCUGGCCAUGGCCUCGCGCCUGCACAAGGGAGACGAAGGCUACGGCCGGCCCAAGGAGGGAACCAGGACGGCCGAGAGGGCCAAGCGAGCCCAGGCCCACAUCCACCGCGAGAUCAGGGAGCUGUGCCUCAUCAUCGAGUCCAUGGCCCGGCCGCGGCCCGACGGCAAGGUGCAGGUGAGCUUCGGGGAGCUCUUCGAGCGGUACGUGCGCAUCUCGGACAAGGUGGUCGGCAUCCUGCUGCGCGCCAGGAAGCACGGGCUGGUGCACUUCGAGGGGGAGAUGCUGUGGCAGGGAAGGGAUGACGACGUCCUCAUCACUCUGCUGAAAUAG